AUGCCCAGGGAAAGGGGCUGUCGAAGGUCGUCUGGUAGCCGCUCCCGCACCGCCCGUGCCGAGCUGUCCUUCUCCAUGAGCCACAUGGAGCGCCUCCUGCGGGAAGGCCACUACACCCAGCGCCUGAGCUCGUCCGCACCCAUCUUCCUAGCAGCCAUUAUGCAGCAUCUGACUGCCAAGGUCCUGGAGCUUGCAGGCAACGAGGCCCAGAACAGCGGUCAGAGGCGCAUCACCCCAGAGCUGGCGGGCAUGGCGGUCCACCACAAAGCUCUGCUCAACGGCUCGUUUGGGAUGACACCCAUCUCCUUGGUGGCCCCAGCCCGGCACUAG